CGAAGAAGAAUCAAACGCAACGUCACUUCCUGUAAUCUGAAAAGCGUGCGUCGUUACGGUUUUGAGUUUAACAUGGUCCCGUAAAAGAACUCUCUUGAGCUUUCACGUGCGUUAAAAGUAGUUUUCCCCUCCGCCACUUACAGAUGAAAUGGCGAACUUUGAGGCGCAAGCGACAUCCAUUUUGGAGCUAAUGGCGAACAAGGCUGUGGUUGAAAUGUGCAAAGUUUUCUCCGACACGACGGGCGAGGACGACAUCAUUCAGCUUUCAUUGCCGCUUGAACUGAUUCAUCACGUCAACACCUUCAUGACGUUGCUGGCUCAAGAGGCCGUCGACAACAUCUGCCAGCUUUUCCAACAAUAUUCUUCUCCGCUGCAUGUGCAGGUGGCUGAAGGGGAGGCACAGCUGGAGGACCUGAAGGUGAAACUGGAUGUGGCGGAGAAGGCGCUCAGUAUGAUGUUGCAAAACUCUUUGGCCCUGGUCGUGGAGGAGCAGGGCCACGAGCAGUUCGUGCAGGAAGGAGUCAUAAACAUGUUGGAUGGAGUGACGGACGGCUCAGCUCUGUCCUAUGAGGUUGACAAGUCUACCGUCAUUGACCUGACUUACGAGGACAACUUCCUCGAAGUACCGACACAGGACAUCUUUGUUCAGCAGAUGGUGUGCGAUUCUGCCCAGCAGGAAUUUAACACGGACCCCGCUGACCACGAUGCGCAAGUCUAUCAGGUUGUGACUCAUAUCAGCAGCAUGUGUGUGUGUGUAGAGAAUUGGUUCCUAACCACUGCUGGAAAGGAGCCAGAAGAUGCCGGCAGCGCCAGCCAGGCAGGUCAAGCCCAAAGUACCGAGCCGGCCGCCAAGGAGCCCGGACCCCUCCAAACAGUACGACACUCAGAGAAGAGCUUCCUGUGCUCAGUGUGCGGUUCUGGCUUCCCCCUCCAGCGCAGCCUCAACGUGCACAUGCGGCAGCAUACGGGAAAGCGUGCUCACACGUGCGACAAGUGCGGGAAGGGCUUCACGCUCAAGCAGAUCCUGAUGGACCACCAACGAUUGCACAGCAAGGAGCGACCCUUCAAGUGCACGCAGUGUGACAAGAGCUUCUACCGAGCCAAAGGCCGCAAGAACCACCAGCGCCUGCACGCCGUCCGCCAACCCGUCGAGCACCGUUGCCCCAUUUGCAACAAGAGCUUCAGUCACCAAUGCAACCUGCAGCGCCACCUGCGCAUCCACACGGGCGAGAAGCCUUUCGGUUGCGACACGUGCGGCAAGACCUUCAACCAGGCCGACACGCUCAAGAGUCACCAGAGGAUUCACACGGGCGAGCGCCCGUUCAAGUGCGACACCUGCGGGAAGAGCUUCACCCAGAAGGGGGCCUUGAAGACUCACUCCAGCGGGGCGUCGCUGGCGUGCGUGGCCUGCGGCGCCACGGCCCCGUGCACGGACGCAAUGCACAGCCACAUGCAAGCCCACGCCGAGGCCAUGCCGUGCGCCUGCACGCUCUGUGACCAGGUGCUGACCACCGUGGCGCAGUUGACCGCCCACCAGCAGAACCACCAAAUCGCCAGCCGGGCGCACGGCUGCACCAUCUGCGGCAAGAGGUUCAUGACGGCCAGCUACCUGAAGAUACACACCAGGUUGCACAGCGGAGUCAAGCCCUACUCCUGCGACAUCUGCCUUCGCAGUUUCUCGCAGCUCACCAGCCUCAAGUGGCACAAGGAAGAGCACAUUGGCGAGAAGCCGUUCUGCUGCGACAUCUGCGGGAAGUUUUUUAGCAGCAUGAGCAUCCUGACCUGCCACCAGCGCAGCCACGCGAUUGAGAAGGGAGAGUACACGGGCGGGAAGCCGUACGCCUGCGAAACGUGCAACAAGCGCUUCAGCCACGCCCCCAACCUGAUCCGCCACCGCCGCAUCCACACGGGCGAGAAGCCGUACGUGUGCGACGUGUGCGGCCGCGGCUUCAACCAGAGCAACAGCCUGAAAGCCCACCAGCAAAUCCACACGGGCCAGAAGAGAUUCACGUGCGACCGUUGCGGCAAGGGCUUCUGCGACAAGAGGAACCUCAAGAACCACAAGUGCUCCUACUACUGACUGCGCCAGUCCUCGAACUCAAUCCAAUCCCACUGUGGGCCAAUGGCUGCCCGUGCAGACGGAAGCCGUUCUUCGUACUGUUCAAGCCUUGGAAAAAAGCUCUCCGGUACUAAUGGAGAUGUCCACCGAGUUUACAAGAUCAAAGACUUUUUUUUUUUUUUUUUUUUUUUUUUGGGUAUCAACAAGGAACAUUCUUGAUUUUUCUCUUUCACGACAGAGAAACCACCUUUUAUUUGAAGUACCGCUGGUUGUAGUUUUGCUCAGGAAGGAAGCGACGCAGUUUCGUACACACGUUUAACUGCCGUUUAUGGAGCCCAAGGAUCUAUUUUUGGCAAAUCUCACGCACACCACUACAAAUGUCACCAAAAAAAAAAAAAAAAAAAACAUGUAUACUGAAGUAAUGACGAUUGUCUCGAUUUACUCACUUGUGUUUAUACCGUUUUAGUUGAACGCAAAGCUGUAAUUCACGUGGUAUGAAUGGCAAAUGGUGGAGGGGUAUCUUGUAGAAGAGCCUUUCACUCUUUGCAUGUCUCUAUAUUUUGAUGAUAUAGAUAGAUGGAUUGUUUUUAGUAAAAAAAAAAAAAAUACCAGACCACUUGAGCAAAAUGGGAUCAUUUCCAAUGUCACACGUGCUGAUCUCUCGUGAGAGAAAGUAGAACCACGUCAAAAUGGAGCCGUGUCUUCAUUAGCAGUAGCCAGUGCCGUUUUCUCCACGGGGUUGUGUUGUUUUUUCUGAGAUAAAUCAUUACAUUCUUAAAAAUAUCCCAGCAUGUAAACUAUGCAUUAAAUGUCUGGUUUGCUUAUCAGUACUAGUUCUUAAAACUAGUGAGAUCCUGUUGUUGGAAUAAUAAAAAAAAAAAGAAAAUCGACAUGCAGCUGUUGAAGAAAGUGUUUUGUAAAUGCCUGGCGGUCCCACGUGACCGCUUUAGGAAGUGCUUCAGAAUUUGACGCAAUAAUAUUGACCACACGCAUCAAUCAGACAGCGCCAUGAAAAUAUGGUUGUAGUUAUGCCACUCACCAAGCAGACAACGACAAACAAUACACGAGCUGCCAUACUGGGUAAUAUCAGUAAAUUAUAAUCGGGUUAAAAGCCCAAUUUGGUCAAUUAGUCUAAUUCAAAACUCACGAUGCACUAUAGAUUUAUUUUUUAAAUUUUAUGGAUGAGUAUUACAGUAAAUAAAAUCAAAGCCUCUCAAAGCUAAAGUGUUAUGUGACAAACUUAUGAAACAAUUUAAUUUACUAUUUUUUUUUUUAGGCGGGGAUUUUCCCACUAGAAAAGUACAUUUUUAAGUGUUCAAAGACUACAAGUAUAGAAAUUAAUUAGCGACGCACUAUAGACUUUUUUUUUUUAAAAUUUCAUGUAUAAUGAGUAUUAGAGUAAAUAAAAUCAAAGCCUCUCGAAACUAGAGCGUAAUGGGACAAAUUAAUUUAAUUUAUGAGUAUUUUUAUAUAUUUUUGAAUUUAAACGGGGAUUUUCCCACUUGAAAAGUACAUUUUUAAGUGUUCAAAGACUACCUAUGAGUAUAGAAAUUAAUCGGGUUUUCAACCACAUUCAUUUUUUUUAAAACUAUGACUCAGUAUAAUUAUAAUUUUGGAAAGAGUUACGCACACAAUACGUUCAAACAAUAUUGCAUUAUUUCAUGUCGACACAAUAUUUUGUCUUUUUUUCUGUCACGAGUCAUUUCCAUAAAGUAACUUCCAUAUUGUAUGUAGCACAUAUGUGGCCAAAUGCGUGUGAUUAUACACAUAAACCAGCAGGUGGCGUCGUGUGCACAUGAAAAAAAAAACAAGAAAUGGACCA